AUGUCGAGCAAAUCAUCCAAGGCACCGGGCACCCACGAUGGCGGCAACAGCAGGGUGCAGAACAUCACGGCCAAGUUCGAGACGCUUAUAACAACGCAGCAGCAAAAGCAACAGGUGCAUCUGCCUCCUCCCCAGUCGCCCCAGCAUCAGCAGCAUCCGCAGCAUCCGCAACAGCAAGAGCAACGGUCCGGCCAUAUAUGGCCAACGAAGGGAACAGGUUCGGUGCGUGACGAUAAGAAGCUGGCUGACGAGGCGACGGCACUUCGCGAUCUGGAGGCUCGACGCGGCAUUAAGCGUUCGCAAGCAUUCCGCCGCAGCACUUCCCAAACGAGUUCAAUGAACGGUGGUAAUGGUUCGGCCUGCUCCACCGUUCCGCAGCUGAACCACUCCGAUAGCAUUCGGGAGGCGCUGAACAAACCCCUGCCGGAAGGGCCACCGCCCGAAAAACCACCGCGAAGAUGGGCGCGCCGAACAGAGGAGGACACUCGCGCAACGGAGUCGCAGCAUUACGACGACGUGAAUAUGCUGAUAGAGGCCGCGUUUCAAGAACCGUCCGAAGGGCUGCAUCAGUCACCGUCUCGGGAACAAAUUUCGUUAAAGCAACCCGUCAGCGAGGAGCACCGAAAGCGGCUCCGACGACUGUCCCGCUGCGCCGAGCUGAACCACUACACGCAGCAGUACGGCACGAUCCGGGUGUACGACGUGGUGGACAAGGGCAGUGCACCGGUUCCCCCAGCGGAGUGUAAAACGGCCGAUGCCAAAGGAUUGAUCGAGCACUACAACAAGCUAAGCACGGUGGAGCAGCGCACUUCUCCGGUACCUCCGCAAACACUGUACGAAUACUGCAUCGUCGUUGGGUACGACAUUAUGCAGAACAAACCGUACCUCAAGAGCCGAUACCCGCGACACAAGCAACCGCACAAGAUGAUCGAGGUGUUUGUCUAUCCCGACAAUGGUGCGCUGGUGCGCAACCGCAACCAAGAGUACUGCAUCAUCCUUACCGACUAUCCGCUGCGGCUGUACGGCUUCUGCCGGCGUGUCCUGCCCGAGUCGUCGGAAUUCUGCAUUCCCCUUACGUACUGCCUGGUGACCAAGUACAACGAGCCAAAAGUAUUCUAUAAGCUGCUGGAGUGCAUUGAAAGCCAGCACGGCAAUGGUCGCGUGCCGGAGCUGCUGAUGGAGCAGUUCUACGACCAGAAGCUGCCGCUGGCCGGCGAACGGUUGCCACUGACGCUACCCGUCAGCUUCGAGAUGCGGUCGACGGUGCGCGAAGAAACGCCCCAGCCGAUCACCAUGACUAUAAACCGUCCCAAAGAUUUACGCUUAGAGAAAACGGAACUGUAUGAUAUUUUCAAGUGCCUCGGAUCGGACGGACUGAUCCACGUGUUCGAAAGCCUGCUGCUGGAGAAGAUGGUGAUACUGUUCAGCGAGCAUCUAUCGCUGCUGACGUCCUGCGUGCAGGGCCUGCUGCUAAUACUCUACCCAUUCCAAUGGCAGCACAUACUGGUGACAGCGAUACCGGAGCAUCUGCAGCAGAUGCUCGAAGCGCCCGUUCCGAUGCUGGCCGGAACGCUGCAGCCCGUCCCGGAGGAGCUGUGGGAAACUGGCAACACGUGCUACGUAAACCUGGACAAGCGGACCGUGCGUCCGGCUAGAAAGGAACAGUUUUCCAUCCUGCCGAGCGAGCUGAAGAAACCGCUGCGCGUUUCGUUGGACCUCGUAAAAAUAUUCGAAGAUUCCAAGGGGCUAGCGAGCGUUCUGAUUGGUGGUGCAUUUGUUAGAUUUUUUGUAGAAUUAUUUUCCACCCUGGAUCCCCACACAUACGAGAAAGCUGCAUUUUUGGAACGGUUCGAGAAUCCAGAGAUGAAACUGUUUUUGAAUUGCUUUUUGGAAACUGUGAUGUUUGCUGACUUUUUGGAGCACUGGCAUUCCUCGAAACAUCCGGCCAAGUCACCAGCAACUGUGGGCAGCACUGAUUAUACGCUUUUCAACUCGAAAAUAGCGGAGAAAUCGCAAACCAAGUACUGGCAUUCGGCUACAUUCGAUGAAGUUGUAGCGAACUCGAAACACAUUGAACGCAAAGGGAAAACGUUCAUGUCGAAGAUGAAGGGACUAAUGAAGAAAUCGUAGAAAUAAUGUUUCUGUAAGAAAAGAACUAAACUAAAGCAAGGGCGCCAUAGUCACGCGACGGCUACAUUAGGGUAAGGAUGGGACCAAAUUUUAUUGUUGAAGGCGCUGGAAAGCCAUACCGUGCCGUUUUUUAAACAUUUGCUAAAACAAUUGCAAUUUUUCGAUCUGUCAGAAUAUUAUUUUUACAUGGGGCAUACACAUUAGCGUAUUUUAAUAAAGGGAAAACAAUUACAAAUGUGCUGCUAAUAAAAUUACGAACAAAGAA